CACUCUCGUCCCAGACUGUAUCAACAACCCGGACGAUGAGGGUGGGAGUUUCCGUUGCCGUCGUGCUGACCACCUUGGCUCUAGCAGUCAUAGCAGAAGAUAUCAGCACAGAUGAAGGCGUGUUAGUGUUGACGAAAGGCAACUUCCAGAAGGCUACCGAAGACAAUGAAUUCGUCCUGGUCGAGUUCUAUGCCCCAUGGUGUGGUCACUGCAAGGCUCUGGCGCCUGAGUAUGUCAAGGCUGCUGCCAAGCUGACUGAGAUGGAAUCUGCCAUCAAGUUGGCUAAGGUUGAUGCCACUGAAGAAACGGAGCUUGCUGAGGAGCAUGGCGUCAGGGGUUACCCCACCCUCAAGUUCUUCCGUAAUGGCAAGCCAAUGGAUUACAAUGGUGGCCGCCAGGCUGAUGACAUUGUUAACUGGCUGCUGAAGAAGACUGGCCCACCUGCAAAGGCUAUUGCAUCUGUGGAUGAAGCCAAGGCUCUGAUUGAUGCCAGUCCAGUUGUGAUCAUUGGCUUCUUCAAGGAUCAGGAAUCUGCUGGGGCUAAGCAGUUCCUGGCAGCAGCAGGUGCCACCGAUGACCAUCCAUUUGGUAUCACCUCUGAGGAUGUAGUCUUCAAAGAAUACGAAGUGGAGGGUGAGGGCAUCAUUCUGUUCAAGGACUUUGAUGAGGGUAAGAAUAAGUAUGAAGGAGAGAUCACUGAAGAGGGUAUCUCCAAAUUUGUUAGUGCCAACUCCCUGCCACUGGUUGUGGACUUUAACCAUGAGACUGCUUCUAAGAUCUUUGGUGGAGAGAUCAAGUCCCACCUGCUCAUCUUCCUUUCCAAGGAGGCUGGCCACUAUGACACCCACAUGGAAGCAUGCAUGAAUGUUGCCAAGUCUUUUAAGGGUCAGGUGUUGUUCGUCACCAUCAAUACUGAUGAAGAGGACCAUUCUCGUAUCCUCGAGUUCUUUGGCAUGAAGAAGGAAGAAGUUCCUGGACUGCGUAUCAUCAAGCUGGAAGAGGACAUGGCCAAGUACAAACCAGACACCUAUGAUCUCAGUGAGAGUGGCUUGACUAACUUUGUGCAACAGUUCUUGGAUGGGAAGUUGAAGCAGCAUCUGCUGUCCCAGGAUCUUCCUGAAGACUGGGACAAGGAGCCAGUUAAGGUCCUGGUGGCUUCCAACUUUGAUGAGGUGGCUUUCAACAAAGACAAUGAUGUGCUUGUGGAGUUCUAUGCCCCAUGGUGUGGGCACUGCAAGCAGCUGGCUCCCAUCUAUGACCAGCUUGGAGAGAAAUUUAAGGAUGAUGACACUGUGGUCAUUGCCAAGAUGGAUGCCACAGUGAAUGAGCUGGAGCACACCAAGAUUCAGUCUUUCCCCACGCUAAAGCUCUACAAGAAGGGCACCAAUGAGGUGGUUGAGUACAAUGGAGAGCGAACAUUGGAAGGCCUGUCCAAAUUCUUGGAAACAGGUGGUGUGUAUGGUCAGGCAGCCCCUGAAGACAUGGAGGUUGAACAUUACUCUGGCGAACGAACAUUGGAGGCACUCAGUUCCUUCAUUAAGGGCGAUGUUGCCGAAGAGAAGGAUGAGGAAGAAGAGGAUGAAGAGGGUGAUGUGCCUGCGAAGGAUGAACUCUAGGAUUUCUGUUUGUAACCCUUAGGGAUUUUGCUUUCUCAGAUGGGGAAGUGGUUGUCCUUACUUAGUUUAAAAAGGAGCUCCCAUUUGCCAAAUAUUAAAACUUCCAAUUUCAAACUUCCUUGUUAAUAAAAGGAUAAUUACAUGUUACAAGUGGCUUGUUGCCUCAGGGUUAAAGUAUUAGUAUUUUCAUUGAUAAAAUACCCAUUGGUCAUGCAGGGAGUUCCUCAUAAAGGAGUUAUUUCUGAUAACUUCUUUAGUUUAACCAAAAUGUUUUGAAUGUAGAGAUUUCAUUUAAAAUGUGAUGAAAGAGCAAUGUAUGCAAAGAGUAUUUUUUCUAUGCUUUAAUGUAUUUGAUCACAUUCCUUCAGCCUUUUUGUAAAUGGGGCAUUCUAACCCUUGUGACUGGGAUAGGUAAUUUUCAAAGGAUUGGUAUUAAAACUCCACUACAUUUCUUAGCUGUGGUGCUGGUCAGUGGAAGAUGCUGGUAAUGCUUAUAAGAUGAUGAUGACAUUAUUGAUGCUUUACUGUUGUCUUCCACGGCGCUGAUCUGUUUCCCUGGACAAAGCACAAUGCUUCCCGUCACAGUGUGUUGUGUGCAUGAAUGAGGAGUCCGAAGUCCCUGAGCAGUGUAUGAUUAAACCCAAUGACCUUUUCCAAUAAAAGUGAAAAUCUGUG